GUCACCCCGAAGACCUCGGCGUCGGCUGCGCUGUGCGAGCUGUACCCGGGCGGCGCCCCCGACUGCGUGUACCUUACCUUCCAGGGCCGGGCCGUGGAGGCGGAGGAGCUGAUCGUGGACUACGGCAUCGUCCCAGGUGCCUUCCUGCAGGUCUCCGGGCGCAUGCGCGGCGGCUCGGCAGGGGCCUCGCGUGGAGUCGACCCGCUGCAGGAGCACGAUCCUUGGCGUGGCGGGGCGGGGGGCGGCAGCCGGGGCGCACGUGCGCGGCAGGCCUCCCGGCAGCCAGGUGGCCGGCCGCCUGCCCCGACCGGCCGCUGCAAAUGGGAAGAGCUCACUCUGGCAUCAGACACGCUGGGCACGCCGGGGACGGAGGACGACGGCACUGGCAAGCAGCGCGCCGCCGUUCUGGAGCCGAAGGUGAUCGCCUCGUCCGCCGUGGCUCAGGGGGUGGAGGGCGUGGCCUUCGCAUCGUGGAAACUGCUGGAGGAGGUGGGCACCGUCCGGUCCAACUCGCACCUGGCCGUGAUCCUCCCAGGACGGCGAGAGGCCACCGAGCUCUGGGUGAAGCUCGGCCUGCAGUCGUCGGCCGCCUCCGUCGGCCACGUGGGCGUUACUGACACCAAGCUGAAGCGCCAGGAGCUGAAGCAGGUGACCGUGGUCAACUUGGGCACCAAGACCGUGUCGUUCAAGGAGGCCCCUGGGCAGGCCAUCGAAGCGCCCGACGUGCAGACUCGCGAGUUCGCGGCAGAGGUCGACAGCCGGUUCGCGGCCCCCGGACUGUUCAAGAAGCUCGAGGAGCGGAAGGCCGGGGCGCUGAAGGAGGCCAUCUUGGCUGCGCUGUCGGACUUGGGGGACACCGUGACCGCGCCCUCGCGCUUCGACUUCUACGGCUUCCGGGUCCAGGAGCACCCAGACCACUCGCGGAUGAUGAUCUCCAUGCGCAUGCAGACCCACGACGCCGAGGCGAUUUUGAAGGGCUCGGGCGCCAAGGAGGUAUUCUUCCGCCGCCUCCUGCGGGACGGAGCCCACGACAGCUCGGAGUACGCGGUCGUCUGGCUCCCUGGGGACGUCAGCCUGCACAAGGCCCGCACGACAGGUGCCACGAUCGACGGCUUCAUGGGACUCGCGGUCAACAGCAGGGGCCUUGGGGUCCGGGUCAAGGUGGCCAAUGUCGCCGCGGCACGCGCGAAGCUGCUGCCUGAUGCCCCUGCGUUCGAUGAUACGAAUCGGGCUUUGGUGUACACGAAGCGCUACGAGGUGGCCAGAGUCCCAGCCGGCUUGACGCCCAAGCAGUUGGUCAAGAUGUUGCACGACUUACGAUGGGAGGUGGUCCCGCUCCGAACCCCCUGGGUACCGAAGGGCACCCCUGGCCUGGCCACGUGGCUUGUCGGAGCAGCGACGGCCCCACCCAAGACGUGGGUACGGGUGCAGAGCGGCUGGUUGUCGAUCACCAAGGGCGCGGAUAUCCAGCCCCCGCGCCAGCGCGGAACGGUCCCGCGCCAGCGCUCACGGACGGCCCCGCGGACCAGCCCCGCGCCAGAGGUCGCCGACGGCCCCGCGGCGGUGCCUAACCAGCACGGCCUCGCGGCAGCACCUGGCCCCGCCGCCGACUCCAGUGCCACCAUCGAGGGCCGUGUCGGGGCCCUGGAGACCAAGCUGGAGAGCCUGGAGGCCAAGCACACGGCGCUGGAGGAGAAGAUUGACACGCGCUUCGAUGAGGCCAGCAGGGCCGUGGCUGGAAGACGUGCGGUUACCAUCGCAGGGAACGGGGACUGCCAGUUCGAGGCGAUCGCCCGGCAGACCUCAGCGGGCAAUGCGCGCAUGCUGCGGCGCAAAGUCACUGACUACAUGGCUCCCCGGCGGGCGGAAUUCGAAGAGUUCUUGGUGGGCCCAGCCUGGGGCCCCUAUCUGGCAGCUAUGCAUCAGCCCGGCUGUUGGGGCGACUACCUGACCCUGCACGCGGCAGCCGCUGUCACUGGAGCUACCAUACACGUGGUGCGCCGACAAGGAGCCGGCUUCGCUGACAUCAUCUUCAGGGUCAUCGCUGCUGGGGCGGUGCGCGCCGACCUCACACCGCAGGCGGGCGACGGGACGAUCUGGAUCUUGUGCAACGGCGUGGACCACUAUGACAUGCUCGGGGCCCGGGUGCGGGCGUCCCGACACGCGCCCCCAGAGCAGCUGGAGGCCGGCGGGCUGGUGCGACACGCAGCGUGGCACCCGGCCGCGUGGCGGAGAGUGGAAGGCCUGGCAGAUGCGCACCGUGAGCGGUUACUGACCAUCCGAAGUGUCAAUGUCACGGGUGCGGAGGCACGUUUCCACCUGCUCGUGGAUUCGGCCGCCGACUUGGUGCUCGUGCAAGAGACGUGGGCGUCGGCAUCCAUGCAGAAGAGCCUGGGCAAGCGGUUUCUGGAGAAGGAUUGGACCUGCCAGUGGGGGCCCCCGCAGGCCUCGCGCCGGCCAGACCGGGUGAGCCCCUUCGACGGGCAAGCCGGCGGGGUGCUGGCGCUCGCUCGGGCCUCCGCGCCUUGUGCCCGAGUGGAAGCCGCCACGGAGACUGCGAGGAGGCUUGAGCGGGGCGGGCGCUGCCUCCACCUCCGCGUGCAGCUGGGCGCCAAGCGGCUGAACGAGCAGAUCUUGGAGGACACUUUCGCGGCGGCCGCAGAACUGGGCGACCUGCCGAUCCUGGUGCGCGGGGACUUCAAUCUACGGAACUCGCACAUCCUCGGGGGCGCGCUACAGACGGGCAAAUGGAGCGAUGUGGCAGAGGUCUGGCAGCAGACGGGCCCCACGUUCGUAGGGACGCACUUCGCUAGCCGUAUCGACUACAUGGUUGCCAACGCGGCCGCCCUGGCACUGGUGCGCGGAUUUGCGGUUCGUUGGGACCUGGGCUACCCAGGCCACGCCGCAUUGGACCUUCAGAUCGCCACCGACUACGAGGCCGCCCCGGUGUCCCAGCUCAAACCCACGCAGCGGUACGAGAAAUGGAAGCGGCGUGCUUCGGAGGAGGAGGCGGCCACCUGGGUGGCGGAGCACUGCGGGCCCGACCAGCUGACCGCCGCCAGCUACGCGGAGCUUUCCCAGACGGCGGAGCAGUUCCUGCAGGCGACGCACGCUCCCGACAGCGCUGCAGCCGGCGCGGGCGACGAGGGCGGCGACUCGCUGGCGCGACCGCGCACUCGCUAUCGGGCGAAAGGGCGCAGCCGCCAGAGCACCAAAGACGUGUACACCCGUAUCGCCCUGGAGAUCGAGUCUGCCGCCCUCGAGGACCGGGAGGUGUGCGGUCUCCUGCUGGAUUACACGAAGGCCUUCGACCGUGUCCCCAGGGAGGUGGUCUUGCAGCUGCUGGCCGACAUGGGCAUGGACGCCGGGGUCUUGCGGGCCCUCCGAGGCAUGUACGACCAGUGCCAACGCUUCUUUCGGGUCGGCAGGGCGUGGUCUUCGCCGUGCCCUUCAUCGAAUGGCAUUUUCCAGGGGUGCGCGCUGUCCAUCAUCGCCCUCAAUGCCUUGGUCAGCGUGUGGGCCGCCAGCAUGGAGCGCGCGGUGCCCGAGGCGCGCUGCAACGCGUACCUGGACGACCGCAGCCUGAUCACCGACACGGAGCGCAACCCUACCAAGCAGGCGCUGUGGACCACCUCGGACGCGCUGGCCGCGACGCUCCUCGCAGCGCGGCCUGGGCAGGUGGUGGUGCGCGAUCCCGUCACACUGGGGGUCACGCAGGCGACCCAGCCCACGGCCAGACCUUGUGACGGCAAGGAGGAGAAACGCUUCGAGGAGGCCGGGAACCGGCUGAGCCGUAUCCGGGCGUUGCCGUUGCCGCUGAAGGAGAAGGCGGGCAUGGUGCAGAGCCACAUGAAUCCCAUGGUUGCCUAUGGCGUUGAUGUGCGUGGCUGGGACGAGCUGCGCGUGCACGCCGUGCGGAAGCAGGUGCGGGAGGUCCUUUUCGUCGGCCGCUUGACGGCUGCUCCCGAACUCAUCUGGACGCUUGCGUGGCCAGGGCACCAGGUCGACCCUGUCCAGAUCGCGCCGAUCCGGAUCCUCUCCGAGCUGGGGUCCACGUGCCGCUUGCGACGACAGGUGGCUGACCGCAUUUGGACGGAUUACUUUGCCCGGGAGGCGCUGCCCUGGCGCCGUCGCCCCACGCACGGGCCCGCAGCAGCGCUGGCACAAGCUUUACGUUUCAUGGGGUGGUCGUGUGCGAUGGCAGGUACCCUCCAGCGGCCAGGCCUUCCUGAUCUUGAUCUUUGGACUCUCAGUGGGCGCCUGCUGGGACACGAGCUCCGCCAAGGCUGCCGGAGCGCACUUUGGAGGCAAGUUGCCCGACGCCAGCUGUGGUACCUGGACGGGCUGGACCCCGAGGCGGGCAUCGACCUCGACGCGGCCCUUUCCCUCGUGAAGCACAAGGGAGCCGACGCCCUCUCCGACUACGAGAUGGGGGUGCUGCGCAGCGUGCUCACUGGAGGCGUGCGGCCGCAGUCCCGGCUAUUCAAGGCUGGCCUCGUCGAGUCGGCGACGUGCCCGUUGUGCCAAGCAGCGGAAGGCACGCUCGGGCACCUCUUCUGGGAGUGCCGGUGCACAGCGGCCCUUCGCCGGGAGCUGCCGCCAGCCGUGGUGCAGGGAGCCCAGAACGGUACCCUUCCGCGAUGCCUCACACGGCGUGGUAUUGUCUGUGAGCCGCCGGAGGUCCGCGAAGCUGGUGGUUGGCUGGCUGCCGCCGCGCCGGGCCAGGAGCAACUGCUGCGACAGUGGCGACUGCGGGUCUCUCAGCAGGCGUGGUAUCGCGGAGGCCGGCUUGUGAUUGCCACGGACGGGGCGUGCUGGAACCAGCAGCUGGGAUGGGCUCGCCGGGCCGGUCUGGGCAUCUACGUGGGCCCUCGGUGCGGCAACCUCAGUGCAGCUCUCCCCGGCAUGGAUCAAUCCAGUGGGCGCGCCGAGCUCCUCGCCAUCAUUCUGGUCUUCGCCGAGGCCGGCCGGCUGGGGCUGCAGGUGGAGAUCUUGACGGACUACGAGUGCGCCGCCAAGGCUUGGGCAGCGUGGAGCGGAGGCCCGUCCUUCCACCCCAGGGAGCAGCUGGAUCUUUGGCGCCGCCUGGAGCCCCUCGCGCGGGCGGCCCUCGCAGCAGGUUCCGCCCUCACCUGGGUCGCUGCGCACGGCCGUGCGGCACACGAGCAGGAGCUGAGGUGGAACAAACUUGUUGACGACCUCGCCGUGCAGGGGUCCAAGCGGCACACGGGCCUCCAGCGCCUGACCCAGGCCAUCCGCCUGAAGGAGGCCAACCAGGAGAAGGCCAAGGCCACGCGCCAGCUCAUCCUGGGGUCCCCUGUGACCCUCCACAGUGGGAAUUGGAUGAUGGGGAGCCACGACAGAUACCACGCCAUGCGCUGGUACCUGGGCCAGCUCCGGUUCGACGCUGCCGCCUCCGAGGUUGGCACCACAUGGGCCGAGCUGGCCGUGGAUUUCGAGCUCAGCACUGGCGUGGAGCUAGCUCCGCCUGGCAGCGCCAUGGCCGCGCGGGCCCAGAAGUUUGCAGAUGUGGCCUCUCGUACCUGGCAGCUGUCCACGCCCAGGCAGCAGCGCCAACGCGGGGGCAACAGGCAACGGGCGCUCGGGGACCUCACAGUGGUCUCUCGGGUCACCGCCCUCGUGGCGCUCGGCUUCAAGCAGGGCCCGGGGGUGACCUCGCGUGCCAUCUUCGUGCAGCCCUUCACGUAUGAGGUGCUGCUGCGCGCGGUGCAGCGUGGACAGGCAGAGAGGCGCCAUGCUCACCUCCAAUGGCGGCCAGACUACGCAGGCGGCCCCGCACCGACCAUGCCGGCAGCUGUCCGGCACGGACCGCCGGCGCCACCUGUGGCCGCUGCCAAGAGGGUGACGGCUGAGAGGAUGGCUGCUGGGCACAACGCCGUCGCCGAGCGGAAGCGCCAGGAGCACAAUGCCGUCGCGGACUCCCAGGGCCUCCACGUGCUUGGGCCCAUUCCCCCCGGAGCUGACAACUCCCAGCCGGUCGUCUGUGAGCGGUGCGGGCGGCAAACGCAGAAGAUGCGCCUGGCCAAGUUCAAGCGGGAAGCUUGCGCCGCAGCCUCGGGAG